AUGCGAGUCAGGGAGCAGCGCAUCGCCCUGCGGAAUGCGGGCCACAUUGACCCCCUGGACAUUUAUCAAUACAUUGCCAACGGUGGGUAUGGAGCUCUAAACCGUGCCCUGACCGAGAUGUCAGCUGCCGAUGUUCUUGAAGAAGUGAACGUUUCCGGCUUGCGAGGUCGUGGGGGAGCGGCAUUUCCCGCGGGAACCAAGUGGCGUUUCCUGGCCGGUUCUAACGCCCCUGACAAGUAUAUUCUUUGCAACUGUGAGGAGGGAGACCCGGGUGCCUUCAACGACAAGGGGAUCUUGGAGAGCGAUCCCCAUACCGUUGUUGAAGGCAUUGUUUUGGCAGGGUAUGCCACCGGCGCCAACCACGGAUACAUCUUUAUCCGACACGGCCACGAUGGUCCCAUCGACAGGACCAGGGCAGCAGUUGCCCAGGCUUAUGAAUUGAAUUUGCUGGGCGAAAACAUACUGGGCUCGGAUUUCAGCUUUGACCUUGAGGUGGCAUUGACCGGAGACUCUUAUGUUUCCGGCGAAGAGACCGCUUUGAUGGAGGCUAUUGAGGGAAGCCGUGCUAUGCCCCGAUAUCGACCUCCAUUUCCGGCUCAGGUCGGCGUAUUUGGCAAACCGACCAACAUUAACAAUGUCAAGACCAUGGCCUACGUGCCGGAGAUAAUUUCGAAGGGUGGUGAGUGGUUUUCCGGGAUCGGCCAUGAUAAGAGCACGGGAACCGCUAUAAUCUGCCUCUCUGGUACCCUGAAUUACACCGGUAUGGUGGAGCUUCCCAUGGGCAUAAACCUGAAUGAAGUGCUCUACGAGGUUGCCGGGGGUGUUCCGGGGGGAAAGGCACUGAGCUUUAUUCAAACGGGGGGCCCCCUCGGCGGCGUACUUAGCGCCCAAGCUGCUGACCUUGUUCUGGACUUUGAUGUUUUCCGAACCGCUGGAGCCAUCCUGGGAUCCGGUGGUGUAAUUGCCGCCGACGAGAAUACGUGUGUUGUCGACCUGACCCGUGUAUUGAUCGCCUUUUGCCAGUACGAGUCAUGUGGCAAGUGCUUUCCCUGCAGGAUGGGAAUGAGUCACAUGCUGGAAGUGCUGGAGAGGAUUUGCCGGAUGGAAGGCGAAUCCGAUGAUCUCGCGCUGAUGCGUAACAUUGGGGAAAACAUGCAAGCCGGUUCCCUUUGCGGACAUGGUCAGCUGGGCUUCAACCCCGUAGCAUCUGCCCUACGAUACUUUCCGGAACAGUUUGAGACCCAUAUCGUCGAAAAGCGUUGCCCCACUGGCCGUUGCCACGUCCCGCAUUUUUCGCCUCAACUGAGUCGAAGAUAG